AUGGCCAUAGCCGCGCCGACAAUAUCGCGCUUCCGGAGGCUCCUAGCAGUGGACAUACGGGCGUCCUUGCGCUGGAGGAAUCACUCUGCACAUCAUGCCCCUGUUGCUGCCGCACGACCUUUGGUUUACGAUCUGCAUGAGCCAGCACAACCGAAAGGUUCGGCAACAGACGCGCCAAUCCUCUUCCUUCACGGGCUCUUUGGAUCCAAGAAGAACAACAGGGCCAUCAGCAGGGCCCUGGCGCGCGACCUGAAAAAACACGUGUAUGCAUUGGACUUGAGGAACCAUGGCGAAUCGCCCCACGACCCACGGCACGAUUACCAUGCCAUGGCAGCGGAUGUUGCGACCUUUAUACAGGACCACGACUUGCGCGACGUCACGAUAAUCGGCCACUCAAUGGGAGCCAAGACAGCAAUGGCCGUUGCGUUGGGCUCUCCCGACACGGUAUCCAGCAUUGUGGCCGUCGACAAUGCUCCAGUUGACGCAGCCCUGGACGGCAAUUUCCCCAAAUACAUUCGCGGCAUGAAGAAAAUCCAAAACGCCAACGUCACUCGUCUGGCCGAAGCAGACGCGAUAUUGCAAGAAUUCGAACCGUCCCUCGCCAUCAGGCAAUUCCUACUGGGAAAUCUUUACCGCCCGGCAGGAGCAAGCGCCCACAAAUUUCGCAUACCUUUGGACAUUCUCGAAAAAUCUCUUGCCAACAUGGGAGACUUUCCGUACAAACGACCGGAAGAACGCCGCUUCGAUAAGCCGGCUCUGUUUGUUCGCGGCACGAAAAGCCGCUACGUUGCGGAUGAUGUGUUGCCUGCCAUUGGCCAGUUUUUCCCCAUGUUUCGUCUUGUAGACAUCGAAGCCGGGCACUGGCUUAUAUCAGAACAGCCUGAAGCAUUCCGACAAGCGGUUGUUCGUUUCCUGCAAGAGAGCGAAGAGUCCUGA